AUGACAGAACUCUUGCCAAUUGGCGUGGCAUUUCUUAUUUCUUCAUUUAGUUUUGCAACUUUGGCCUCAUAUCACAAGAAGCAAUAUGAAGAUAAAUGUAUCGAAUCUUACCCCAUUCUCUCAUUGGAAUAUGAUACGUCUCAUCUAGCCAGUAUUUCAAUAAGAAAUGAUGUUGUUCAGCAGCAGCUUGAUGGCGUAAACCCGAAAUUCCACAUUUAUGAUGAUAAAGGAGCUCCAUUAUUCUUGAUUGAAAGCACUAAACCUUUGAAAAAUUUUUGGUUUGUCAAAGAAGCUGCAACCCAAAAGGUAAUUUGGACUAUAAUACUCGCAGAGAAAGCUGGUCAUAAUUUAUUUCAAUCAAAAAAGACAAGCUUUGCCAUUCCAAAUGACCCUUAUAAAUUGAAGAUUAUUAAAUAUCAUAGUGGCAAUCUAAAAUCCAAUAGUUUCGGGAUCCAUAAAGAUGAUAAAACCGAUAAUUCAUUUGGAUAUCGAUGGUUAUAUGAUUCAAAAUAUUUGGAAAGAAUAGAUUCUUCUGUCACCGAUUCAUUAUUUUCCCAACCGGUCCAUAAGAGAAUAGCAUUGGCAAUCAACAUGGGUGAUGAAAAGAAUUCAAAGAAGUCAAAUAUUAAUUCAUACAAUUACCAGAUAAUUUUUAACUUCAAUGAGAUUGACUCCGAAGAAAUUUGCAUCAGUGCAUUUCUAUCAAUAAUGACCCAAUGGAAAAAUAUUAGGGCUUGCAAUAAAAAAUUGAAAGAAAAAGUUGAACAAUGGAAUUUGAAUAAACUUCAAAGUAUACAAGUUGAUGCUAUUCUUCCCCAGCAACACAAUUUUCUGAAUUCAAUAGAAAGCUGCUAUGCCAAGAAUCACAGGGACAUAAUUAAACCAGUACCAUCCAAAUAUAGCACAAAAUCUCAAGUGAUAGAAUCAAGUAUCAAUUUGAAAAAUGAAGGGUUGAAAUCAAAAAAAUUGAGACACAUAUUAUAUGAGAAAAUAUGCAAUAUGUUGGCAAAUACAAGUCAAAAGAGCAAUGCGUCAUAG